GUUCUCUUGUCGCAUUCCAAGAACAUCUCUCUAAAAGCUCAAUUGAGAGUCGCUAUUCAUGUCGGCAUCUCUCCCAGGUAGCCGCGAGCUUCCAGCGUCCCAGUAUGAUCUCAGCACGUACUGGGGUCGCGUGAGGCAUUCUGCGGAUAUCUCAGACCCUAGGACGCUCUUUACAUCAGCACACGGUCUUCAACAUGCUAAAAACCUCGUUUCCGCAUACAAAACUGGCCAGAUACGGGAGAUGAACCAGGAUCUAUGGCAAGCAAAGAAGAUAAUAGACUCUACACUACACCCGGAUACUGGCCAGCCAGUCUUUCUACCGUUUCGCAUGUCCUGUUUUGUUCUCUCAAACUUGGUAGUCACUGCAGGCAUGCUCACGCCUGGAAUGGGGACUGCUGGUAUAUUAGGGUGGCAGAUAACUAAUCAGUCUCUGAACGUUGCCAUCAACAGCGCAAAUGCGAAUAAGUCGACACCCCUGUCCACCUCGACCAUGGUCAAAUCAUAUUUUCUAGCCGUAGGAGCAUCAUGCAGUGUGGCUCUAGGAUUGAAUUCGCUAGUCCCACGGCUCAAAAAAUUGUCGCCGGCAGCCAGAGUGACUCUUGGGCGACUAGUACCAUUUGCGGCCGUAGCCAGCGCGGGUGCCCUCAAUGUCUUCCUCAUGAGAGGCGAAGAAAUUCGUACAGGCAUCGACGUGUUUCCCGUUCUUAGCGACGAGGAGAAACAGAAGCUGGAGGAGAACAACGAGACUGUCAAAUCACUCGGGAAAAGUAAGAAGGCUGCGACCAUCGCCGUGGCGGAAACUGCAGCGAGCAGAGUCUUCAACUCGACGCCUAUCAUGGUCCUGCCUCCUUUGAUUCUAGUUAGGCUCCAACAAAGGGAUUGGCUCAAGCAGAGACCGAGGCUUGUGUUGCCAGUCAAUAUUGGGUUAAUAUUUGCAACAUCUAUAUUUGCACUACCCUUGGCUCUGGCCGCAUUUCCUCAAAGGCAAGCGAUAUCAGCCAAGAGUCUGGAAAGCGAGUUUUGGGGCAGCGGUGGGAAGGAUGGUAUGGUGGAGUUUAACCGCGGUAUCUAGUAGUGAAUGCGGCAAUAUCCUGGGCAGUGAUAGAAUGGAUUUUCCUUGUGAGCAUGUAACGCCGUCUAGGACAGGUGGACAGUACUUUCUUGUGUGGAUAGCUGCGCUACAGAUCAAGGGUCCGAAUAGUAGCGCCAUGGGUAAUACUGCUUCAAAGGGCAGCAGUGGCAGUCUAUAGGGAUAUCUGCAUGAAAUUCGACAAUAAGAAAGCUAUAGAUUGUAUAGAUACUUGC